CUCCAUCACCGACCUCCGAAAUCCCAUGAAUUGCCCCUUUCUCUGUCUAUAUAUACCGCCUCUCCGAUCCCCAUCUCUCUCUAUCUCAUAUUGUCUCCGAGCGCUUUAGAGAGAGAGAUCGGGACCUUCGUAUAUCCACUCAGCCACACCAGUUCCGGCGAGAUUUCCUAUUGUUGACCUAAUCGGAAGUUGGGAAAAUUCAAUUAUUUGUAUAUAUACAUACACAAUGAUGUCCGACACAUAUUGUCCGGACUGCAAGAGGAACACGGAGGUGGUGUGCGAUCACGCGGCGGGCGACACCGUCUGCUCGGAGUGCGGCCUCGUGCUGGAAGCCCGCUCCAUCGACGAGACGUCGGAGUGGCGGACGUUCGCCGAUGAUUCCGGCGACCACGACCCCAAUCGUGUCGGAGGGCCCGUUAACCCGCUUCUGGGGGACGCGGCUCUGUCCACGGUCAUCUCGCGGGCCGCCAAUGGGUCGAAUGUGGAUACCUCCUUGACCCGGCUGCAGAACCGGGGCGGGGAUCCGGACCGGGCUCUGGUCCUGGCGUUUAAGACGAUUUCUAGCAUGGCUGAUAGGCUGAGCCUGGUAACAACCAUUAAGGAUCGGGCAAGUGAAAUAUAUAAACGGUUGGAAGAUCAGAAGUGUACAAGGGGUAGAAACUUGGAGGCCCUAGUGGCUGCCUGCAUUUAUAUUGCUUGUAGGCAGGAAGGCAAGCCACGCACUGUAAAAGAAAUAUGCUCAAUUGUUGCUGGAGCUACAAAGAAAGAAAUUGGCCGGGCAAAAGAAUUUAUCGUGAAACAGUUGAAGGUUGAGAUGGGUGAAUCAAUGGAGAUGGGCACUAUUCAUGCAGGGGAUUAUCUGAGGCGUUUCUGUUCUAAUCUUGGCAUGAGCAAUGAGGAGGUUAAAGCUGUACAAGAAACUGUGCAGAAGGCAGGGAACUUUGACAUUAGGAGAAGCCCAAUAUCUAUUGCUGCAGCUAUCAUUUUCAUGAUAACUCAGCUAUCUGAAUCCAAGAAACCCCUAAGAGAUAUCUCAAUUGCUACUACUGUGGCAGAAGGUACGAUCAAGAAUGCUUACAAGGAUCUUUACCCCCACGCUGCCAAGAUCAUACCCGAAUGGUAUUCAAAGGAAAGGGACCUCAAGAAUCUAUCCAGCCCUAAAUCGUAAAUGACAGACAGCUUGAUGUGGAGAAAUCGCCGCCGCUGCUUUGAUCUGAGAAAAGAAUAGAAAAAACAAAAGACGUAAGAGGGGAAACAGGUUAUACGGAUUUUUCUUUUCCUGCUUGUGACAGUCGCAAACUUCCCAUUUUUGAGGUUGCAUGGCUGUGUUGAAUGUUUUUUUUCAUAUGUUGGUAGUUGAUGCAGUGUGAGCUUCAAUAUCA